GGACAGCGAGGCCGCACCUGCGGAUUUAAGUUGCGCUUUUCGGCAAACCCCAGCCCCCACAAAUCCACCCGCAUUUCCUCCCCCCUCGAUCCCACCGCCACCUCCACCCGUCCCUCCGUGUCUUCUCGCUCAGUUCGACUGCGGCCGCGCGCGGCGAUGGUGGGGAGCUACGCGAACGGAGUCGGGGGAGGCGUUCGCAACGGCGCGGCGGAGGGCAAGCUGGACGAGCUGCGGCGGCAGCUGGGGAAGGCGGAGGGGGACCCGGUGCGGAUCGCGGGCGUGGGCGCGGGGGCGUGGGGCAGCGUCUUCUGCGCGCUGCUGCAGGACGCGUACGGCCGCGACCACCGCGACAAGGCGCAGGUGCGGGUGUGGCGCCGGGCCGGGCGCGCCGUCGACCGCGCCGCCGCCGAGCACCUCUUCGAGGUCAUCAACGCCCGCGAGGACGUCCUGCGCCGGCUCAUCCGCCGCUGCGCCUACCUCAAGUACGUCGAGGCGCGCCUCGGGGACCGCACGCUCUACGCCGACGAGAUCCUCCGCGACGGCUUCUGCCUCAACAUGGUCGACACGCCGCUCUGCCCGCUCAAGGUCGUCACCAACCUGCAGGAGGCCGUCUGGGACGCCGACAUCGUCGUCAAUGGGUUGCCGUCCACCGAGACCAGGGAGGUGUUUGAGGAGAUUGGGAGGUACUGGAAGGAGAGGAUUAAUCCGCCCAUUAUCAUCUCACUGGCAAAGGGGAUCGAGGCGUCGCUCGACCCUGUGCCUCGGAUCAUUACCCCCACACAGAUGAUCGCCAAUGCAACUGGGGUUCCAUUGGAGAACAUUCUGUAUCUUGGAGGCCCUAACAUUGCUUCGGAAAUUUACAACAAAGAGUAUGCAAAUGCUCGCAUAUGUGGAGCUGACAAGUGGAGGAAGCCUCUUUCUAACUUUUUGAGGCAGCCUCAUUUCAUUGUAUGGGAUAAUAGUGAUCUCAUUACUCAUGAAGUCAUGGGUGGCUUAAAGAACGUGUAUGCCAUUGGUGCUGGUAUGGUGGCAGCACUGACCAAUGAGAGCGCAACAAGCAAAUCGGUUUACUUUUCACUUUGCACGUCUGAAAUGAUAUACAUCACCCACCUCCUAGCGAAGGAGCCUGAGAAGCUUGCUGGACCAUUAUUAGCGGAUACUUAUGUCACACUGCUGAAAGGUCGUAAUGCGUGGUAUGGGCAUAAACUGGCUAAGGGAGAACUGACUCUGGAAAUGGGGGACAGCAUCAAAGGCAAAGGGACUAUACAGGGUGUCUCUGCAGUCAAUGCAUUCUAUGAACUCUUGAGUCAAGGAAGCUUAAGUGUGACACAUCCAGAAACCAAGAAGCAUGUUGCUCCUGUCGAGUUGUGCCCAAUACUCAAAACACUUUACAAAAUAUUAAUCAAGAGGGAGCUUGGUACCAAUUCAAUUCUUCAGGCGAUACGAGAUGAGUCAAUGUAUGAUCCAAGGGAAAGAAUUGAGAUGGCACAACGUCAAUCACUCUACCGGCCGUCUCUCCUUGGCCUACCUAAAGGUGACACCAAGGCUUAAACGCAUUCUUUCUUCACGCAGAUUUGUUGUGAACUGCAGGAUUUGUUGAUCCUUCUGUCUGUACCGGCAAGUGCGUGUUGUUUUUGUUUAU